UUCGUCCGCUCUACGGCGGGCCCAGUGAGGCCCCCGGAAUUCAGAGCAGCCGGGAGCUCGGCCUCCGCCCUCGGGGCCCUCUCGCCAGGCUGGAGACCCAGGCCCGCAACGCCGGGCCCUACCCUGGAAGUGCUCGCGGCCCGGCGCCUGGACGGGGGAGUUGCUGCACUUUGGCGUAAAUUGCAAUCGAUUAGGGAUCGUUUCUCAGACUCAAGUUAGAAGUGAGAGUUCAGAUAAGUGAGGCCGCCAUUGCUGCUUUGAACACCUCAGAAGGGGAGAAUGGAUUUAUCAGGAGUGAAAAAGAAGAGCUUGCUAGGAGUCAAAGAAAAUAAUAAAAAGUCCAGCACUAGGGCUCCUUCUCCUACCAAACGCAAAGACCGCUCUGAUGAGAAGUCCAAGGAUCGCUCUAAAGAUAAGGGGGCCACCAAGGAGUCAAGCGAGAAGGAUCGUGGCAGGGAUAAAACUCGAAAGAGGCGCAGCGCUUCCAGUGGUAGCAGCAGCACCAGGUCUCGGUCCAGCUCUACCUCCAGCUCGGGCUCCAGCACCAGCACGGGCUCCAGCAGCGGCUCCAGCUCAUCUUCAGCAUCAAGCCGCUCAGGAAGUUCCAGCACAUCCCGCAGCUCCAGCUCCAGCAGCUCCUCUGGCUCUCCAAGUCCUUCUCGGCGCAGGCAUGACAACAGGCGGCGUUCCCGCUCCAAAUCCAAACCACCCAAAAGAGAUGAAAAGGAAAGGAAAAGGCGGAGCCCUUCCCCUAAACCCACCAAAGUGCACAUUGGAAGGCUCACCAGGAAUGUGACCAAGGAUCAUAUCAUGGAGAUAUUCUCCACCUAUGGGAAAAUUAAAAUGAUUGACAUGCCUGUAGAAAGGAUGCACCCCCAUCUGUCUAAAGGCUAUGCAUAUGUGGAGUUUGAGAAUCCAGAUGAGGCUGAGAAGGCGCUGAAGCACAUGGAUGGAGGACAAAUCGAUGGCCAGGAGAUCACUGCCACUGCUGUGCUGGCCCCCUGGCCUCGGCCACCCCCCAGGCGAUUCAGCCCUCCCAGGAGAAUGCUGCCACCGCCUCCCAUGUGGCGCAGGUCACCCCCACGGAUGAGGAGAAGGUCACGUUCCCCUCGGCGCAGGUCCCCUGUGCGCCGGCGAUCCCGCUCCCCUGGCCGCCGCCGCCACAGGAGCCGCUCCAGCUCCAACUCCUCCCGAUAAGCAGGGCCACUGAAGCUCUGCCCUGUGACUUGUAUCCCAUCCAACUCACUUUUGUCACUUUCCUAGCAGAAGGAGGAUCAGUAGGAAAGAAAUCCCUCACUCAGGGGCAGGCUUCGAAGGUGAAGGCAGUAAUUGCUACAUUUCCCCUGGCGGCAGAGUUCUGGCUGCAGGAGUGUUGUUGGUUUGGGGUCGUGCUUAUAAUGAUGCCCUCCAGUUUUCUGGCUAGAAAGCUU